UCAUCUUUUUUCUUUCCUUUGUUAGUCAUUCAUAUAUAGUGUCUUAGAAGAAACAUGUCCGGAAAAGAUAAGCAUAUAACUACAUUGGAGCAACUACAACAUGAGCACCCACUUAAACUUGUAGAUUUGCUACCAAACUAUCCAUUAUACAAAGAAUAUAAUGAUGAUGAUAAUGAUGAUGAUGAUGAUGACGAUGAAGAUGAUGGCACAAAAUGGGAUUUUUGUAGUGUGUGUAAUCUUUGUGGGCAAGAAGUUAAUUUGUACCAACGGUAUUAUUACAAAUGUAGCCGCAAUUCAUGUCACUACCUUCUCCACAAAUGGUGUAAAGAGCUUCCUAAAACGAUAAGUCUUAGAUCACAUAGUUGUUUGGGUACUCUUACCCUUUGCAAUAUAUUGUACAAGUGGCGUUGUGAGAUUUGCAAGGCUCGUCUUGAGCCAAAUGAAAGUGUUUUCAGGUGUAUUAAUAGAUGUUAUUUUCACGUAGAUGUUAAGUGUGUCAUUGCAUCACUAGAAAAUAGAAUCAUCUAUCAUCCAAGCCACCCACACCCACUAGCCUGUGUUACAUAUGAACCAAAUUUGUACCAUUGUGAUGCUUGUGGGGUGAAACAUAUGGGUAAUGUGUAUCAUUGUACUACAUGCUUUAACUUCUUCGUCCAAAGUGAUUGUCUUUUCUUGUCCAAAAAGAAACUCACCACUCAUCAUACUCACCCACUCAUCCUUUCUUAUACAUUCUCAUGGGAACAUCAAAAAACUGAAUUUUAUCCGACCUGUAGGAUAUGUAGGGGAAGUUUUCACAAUGAGACUCUCUGGAUUUAUAAAUGCGAGAAAUGCAGGUAUUAUGCUCAUCUAGAUUGCGUAAAAUCAAAAGGAGACCAAUUAAUCUCUGGGCUUGGAGAAUCUAGUAAAAAUUAUGAAGAGAGUGAUUACCAAAAUAUCCUUAGUCUCCCAUUCCAAGAUCAAACUGAAAGUAUACAAAAAUAUUUUUUUUCUAAAAAAACCUCAUCUUUCAAGACCAAUGAAGAUAAACUAUUGAACUAUAAUAGUCACCCACUACGUCUAAUCUACACACAACCUAGCAAUGAUAAUACAAAGGAGGCAUCUACAUCGUCUUGUCAUAACCCAAGGGAAAGGAUUGAACUAUUAUGUGACGCAUGUAUGAGACCAAUAAUGAGUAUGCCCUUUUUCCAGUGCAGUGAUCAAGGCUGCCCAUUUGUUUUUCAUGAAUGGUGUACUCGUUUACCCUCGGAGUUUCAUAAUCACCCUGGUCACCCAGAACAUACUCUCAUUCUUAUACCAAAAGUCCAAGGUAAAUGCUUUGGUGUAUUUAAUUGUCGUGUUUGCAGGCUUCCUUGUAACGGAUUUGCUUAUGGUUGUGAAAGAUGUGAAUACUACAUAGAUGUUACUUGUGUAUUCAUACCCAAAGAGAUCACACACGAAGCUCAUCCAAAUCACCUCUUUUUUAGAGUUCAGUUCGAAGAUGUUGAUCAUCAGUGUCUUGCAUGUUUACAAUCUUGUCACUUAAGACCAUUUUCAUAUAAAUGUCGCACAUGUGAAGACGUUUAUCUACAUCCAGAAUGUGCGUUGUUUUUACCGAAGAAAAUCACGCACAAGUAUGACAAACACGAAAUGAUAUUGAGCUACAACCCAGUUGAGAACCACAAGAGUGAAUACUUUUGCGAAAUUUGUGAAGAGAAAUUCGACCCCAAGAAAUGGUUCUAUCAUUGUUAUGAUGAGUGUGCCCAGUCUAUGCAUUCUGCGUGUGCUCCGUUACUUAAUAAUGAAAAAGAUGUCUAUUUUUAUUUUCAAAAAGGGGUUCAUGAGUAUUUGAAUAUAAAGUUUGGAAGUGUACUUGAUGACACUAGAGUUCACUCGCAUCCGAUGGUAUUUGCUCAAGGGAUCGAUGAAGGAGGGUGCCAAUGUGGACAUUCAGUGAAGUAUUCAAUGGUAUUUAAAUGUUUGCAGUGCAAGUAUGAAACUCAUUAUAGAUGUGUAUUCGAAUAUCCAAAUGUUGUUUUCAAUAUUUUAUGA